AAGAGGCUGGAGGAGGCCAAGUCGUACGAGGAAUGGCUGGCGGCAGCCACGAAGCUGGAUGAGCUGCAAGGGGCAGAGGCCUGGAAGCGAGACCCCUCCUCCUCCCUCUACGACUCGCGGCUGAUCCAGGAGCGGCUGUCGGAGAUGCUGAGGCUGGAGGCCAAGGCAGACUACUCGAGUAUCGUGUUCUGGCUGCGGUCGGGGCUGACGAGGAACUUGGGCGGGACGGGGAACGAGGGACUCUACAACCAGACGUACGUGGGGACGAAGAGGCUGAUAGAGAGACACAACGAGGAGCUGGUGAGGAUGAUGCUGGGGAUCUGUGAGUGCAAGGAAGAGGAGCUGUCGCUGCAGGAGAAGCUCGACUUCUUCACGGAGUCGCGCCAUGCCCUCGGCAAGACAGCGCUGCUGCUGUCAGGGGGAGCGAGCCUGGGCAUGUACCACUUCGGGGUAGUGAGAGCGCUGUUCAUGCAGGGCCUCCUUCCUCGCGUCAUGUCCGGAAGCUCGGCAGGAGCCAUCGUGCUCGCGAUUAUCGGGGUCAGGACGUCGGAGGAGCUGGCGGAGCUGUUUGGGGAGGGGAUGGAGCUGAUCAGGAGGGAGAUAAGGCUGGACUUCUUCGCUGGGAGGGGCAACAUGAGCGAGAGGCUGCGGAAGAUACUGAGCAAGGGGGUGCUGAUGGACGUCGAGAACCUGCAGGAGGUGCUGCGACACGACAUCGGGGACUUGACGUUCGCCGAGGCGUUCGAGAGGACCGGGAGGAUCAUCAACAUCUCGGUGUCCCCGGGGAACAACUUCGAGCAUCCUCGCCUGCUCAACUACCUCACCGCUCCUCACGUGCUGGUCUGGAGCGCGGCCUCUGCUUCCUGUGCACUGCCAGGACUCUUUGAGUCGGUCGAGCUGGUAGCGAAGAACGCCAAGGGGGAGCAAGUCUCGUAUCACAUCUCGAGCGUGCGAUGGACAGACGGCAGCCUGCAGUCAGACCUGCCGAUCAAUCGCCUCAAAGAACUCUUCAAUGUUAACUACGUCAUCGUGUCCCAGACGAAUCCGCACGCGAUUCCAUUCGUCCAGCAUCUUCAG